AUGGCUGUCCCGUUGCUUACCAAGAAGGUCAUCAAGAAGAGGAGUGCCAAAUUCAUCAGACCUCAGAGCGAUCGCAGAAUCACCGUCAAGGAAAGCUGGAGGAGGCCAAAGGGUAUUGAUUCUCGAGUUCGAAGGAAGUUCAAAGGUGUCACUUUGAUGCCCAAUGUUGGUUACGGAUCUGACAAGAAGACUCGUCACUACCUUCCCAAUGGGUUUAAGAAAUUCGUUGUUCACAACACCAGUGACCUCGAGCUACUCAUGAUGCACAACAGGACUUACUGUGCAGAGAUUGCUCACAAUGUCUCAACAAGGAAGAGGAAAGCUAUUGUGGAGAGAGCUUCUCAGCUUGACAUUGUUGUCUCAAACAAGCUUGCUAGAUUGCGUAGCCAGGAAGACGAGUGA